GGAGCGCGCAGCACGCCCGCGCAGCCCCAGUGUCGUCCAUCCUUCCCCGUGGAGAGAGAACCAUGACAGCCCGGUCAGUGCAGUCCCUCUCCGGAGCCCUGAAGCUCCUCUUCAACAACCGGUUAACCAUGGUUUAUGGUGUGGCAACAAGUACUCAGAGACACAAGUCCUCUUACACUGCCAUACCUCCACCGGCGCGGUAUGGAGGCCGGCACACCGUGACUCUGAUUCCAGGAGACGGCAUCGGACCAGAGCUCAGCAAACACGUGUGUGAACUGUUCCGGUUCUGCUGUGUGCCCGUGGACUUUGAGGUUGUCAAUGUGGACUCAACGAAGGACUCAGAAGAUGACAUCAAUAAUGCCAUCAUGGCUAUCAGACGCAAUGGAGUGGCUCUGAAAGGAAACAUUGAGACCAACCACAACCUGCCGCCAUCCUACAAGUCCAGAAACAACCUGCUGCGCACCACUCUGGAUCUGUAUGCCAAUGUGAUGCACUGCCAGUCUCUACCAGGAGUGAGGUCACGCCAGACCAACAUCGACAUCAUCAUCAUCAGGGAGAACACAGAGGGAGAGUACAGCAGCCUGGAGCACGAGAACGUACCGGGAGUUGUUGAGUGUCUGAAGAUCAUCACCAGGACCAAAUCUCUACGCAUCGCUGACUACGCCUUUAAAACUGCCCGCGCUCAAGGACGCAGACGAGUGACUGCUGUACACAAAGCUAACAUCAUGAAAUUAGCUGACGGCCUCUUCCUGGAGUGCUGCAAAGAGGUCGCUAGUGGUUACCCUGAAAUCACCUUCGACAGCAUGAUUGUGGACAACACCACCAUGCAGCUGGUCUCCAGGCCCCAGCAGUUCGAUGUGAUGGUGAUGCCCAACCUGUACGGGAACGUGGUGAGCAACGUGUGUGCCGGGCUGGUGGGGGGGCCGGGCCUGGUGCCCGGGGCAAACUACGGGACGGACUACGCCGUGUUUGAGACGGGCACCAGGAACACAGGGAAGAGCAUCGCUAACAGAAACACGGCAAACCCCACGGCCAUGCUGCUGGCCUCCUGCCUGCUGCUGGACCACCUGAAGCUGCACGCCUACGCCAGCAUGCUGCGCAGGGCCAUCCUCUGCACCGUCACCGAGACCCGGCUGCACACGGCGGACCUGGGGGGCCACGGCUCCACCUCCGAGGUGGUGCGCUCCAUCAUGAGCGCUGUUCAGAGCACCGGGCCCCGGACCCUCAGCAUCUAGAACAAACCCGCAGAGAAGUGAAUGUAAGACUCUCCUCAGAAGGUCCUCUAUGCAAUUUCAUAAUAUUACAUUACAUGUUAGACGCUUUUAUCCAAAGCAUACUCAAUACUGUGGGCAACCCCCACAGGAGCAAUUUGGGGUGAAGUGUCUUGCCCAGGGACACAACGACAUGCUGACUGCAGUGGGGUUUGAACCUGUGACCCCUUGAUCCGAACACCAGCGCUCUAUCCACUGCGCCACACGCCUCCAUUAUUAUUAUAUUAUAGUUGUUUUGAUAGUUAUACUGAAAUGAAACUGUCACAAAGAUCUAUGCAAUAGUUUAUCUUUCUGUAGAAAUGUUUCCUGUUUACUUGAAACAACCACCAUACCAUAAUACUGCAUGAAACACGAAACAACUCCUUUUACAAUCUUGCCCAUAUUUAGUAGUUUGGUUACUUUAUUUAUUAUUAAAAACAGGGUAAUCUUCACAACUUCUUUUAACCCAAACUCAGCUUCUGCUGUCCUACUACUGAAUGUGCUGGGUUUUAAUAAAUGGGAAAUAAAUAUUA